AGUUUAGUUCUGUUUCCAACCCCGACGAAAGUGGGUUUACAAAUCGCCGCGUUGUUUACAUUGAAGGCACAGCAGAAAAGCAACAGCAAAAGAAACACACAUACGGAAAAAAACAACAAAUGCUUUUGAGAAUAAUCAAUUCCCAAGCAGACACACAGAGAGAAAGAGACCCGCACACAAACCAAAGACACAAGAGAAAUAUAUUAUUUGCAUAUUUAUAAGACGAAAUUAUAAUUUCUAAAGUGAAAACAAAUGCAAAAUUUUAUGCAAAUUAACUGAGCAAGAAACUCCUAAUAAAAAAUAUCAAGCCACAAGCCAAACUUAAUGAAGAUAACAUAAGAAGAAUCGUAAAAAGUUGACAACAACAAAAAAAAAAAAAGAAAAGGAAUAAAAAAACUAGAUCAAAAAGGAAAAUUGCAAGCAACAACAAAGCAUCAUCAACAAUUCACCCUAGUAGUGCUAGUGUCACCAUCAGCAACAGAAUAUUACACUAACAGCAAAUUGCCAUUUGUAGCAACAACAGCAGUGGCCGCGCCAUCAUAUUCGUCGCUGUUAUUACAAUAAAUGUCAAUUGCAUACCUAACAGCAUUUAUUGUUUGUUGUGUGUGAUUUUCAUUUUUUGUUUUAUUAUUACACCGCCCCCUUGGAAAUUCUUUACAUACGUACGGCAGCUUAAACAUCCAGCAGCUCAGUUCCCCCAUAACCAACAAGUAUCGACAUACAGCAACACAUUGAUGGGUGUUCUUUGAAGCAGUGAAGAGAGGCAGGGAAUCACAACUGUCAAUCUGUGUUGCUGCAGCCGAAAAAAGCUUAUGCUUCCAUAAAACGCAAUUCAGGAUUACAAUUAACGCUUCUUUUGAGUUUGACACAAGAUAUUGUUGACUGGCUUAUAUUUGCUUUAAAAAAUGUUGACGUAAUGGGAAAACAAAGGGACCAAUCUGUAUAUUAUUGAUCCGAGAUUUUCGGUAACUGAACACAUUGAGAACAUCUCAUACACCGUUUGUGGGCGACACCGCUUAUAUAUUUUUGGACCAUGUCAACACGGAAAUCGACAACAGCCACUUCGACAGUUCAAGGGACGAAGGCAGAAAAUGCCACAACGACGACAGCAUCAUCAGGAACGGGAACAAAAUCGCUGGACACUAAAACAAUUAACACCACAAAUACACAGAAUACAACAAAUACAACAACUGCAUCAAAACAGGAAACGACGACAGGAGGAGGAGCUGGCACCGCAGCUUCAGUAGAAAAGAGUGGAAACGAAAAUUCUGUUGAAACAAAAACUUUCCAACAACGGGUAACAAGAAAUUCGCCCCUCUUAUUGCAUUCUCCGGGCUCGUCUGUGGUAAUAAAAAAGGAACCAUUAGAUCCCUCGGAUCCCACAAACAGUGAAAGUGAAGAAAGUAGUUCCUCGCAUGCAGGAAAGAAACAGAAUAUAAUAAGAGGCAGGAAGUCCAUCAAAGAUCAUAAAGAAGCUAAGGAACAACAGGAAAAAGAAAAAGAGACAAAAGAAGAAAAGAAAUCGGACUUGGUGGACACCAAGGACAAAGAGGACAAGUCUAAGGAAAAGCAAGAGAAGAAAGAUUCAGGGGAAUGUAAAGAAACCCCAAAAGACCAAAAAGAUACAAAGGACCAAAAGGAACCGACAACAACAACAACAACAAAAGAGUCUUCUUCCGCUACCAACAACACCACCUGUAACCGCUCUACUCGCAAGUCAACGGCCAGCCAGGAGAAUUUAACAACUUCCUCGUCCCGCAUAACACGACAACGCCAAACAACGGCCACCGGCGGAGUCACCACACGUUCCGAGACUCCUCCGGCAACACGUGCUGGAAGUAGAAGUCGCACUUCAAAUCGUGUAAAAAUGCCACUACCCAUAAUAGAGCCCGCUACCACAGUUACAAAACGUAAACGCUCCGUCGAUGCUGAAAUGACUGCCACCAAUGCCCGCAAGGCAUCGAGUGAUGAACCCGGACCAAAAUACAUUAAAAUUGAAGUACGUGAUCCCGAAAUAGACGGUGAUGAACCCAUGCAGGCUUCUCAAACAACCACUGCCAGUAACGAGAGCAAUGAUGAUACUCCAAUACUCGACAACAUAAAAAUCAAAGAAGAAAUCAUGGAUGAGGAUGAAAUUAAUGUGGCGACCUCGGACUCUACCACACCCACAACAACUACAGAUAGUACAGUAACAGCAUCUGCCACAUCCAACAAUACACGUGGUAAGGGUCGUUGGGCUUCGCGUAAGUCCAAUACUGGGACCACCACCAACCCCUCUGCACCAGCCAAUUCUAACGCCGCCUCGCCUUCGACCAGAGCGACUAGGCAAACCAAACAAAAUUCGCCAACAAGAACAAGCGGCACAGUUUCUGAGCCCAAGAGAAGACGUGUGACCUCUCAAAACAGAAGCCUUCUCAAAACCAAUCAAUCAAAAGGCAGCAACACCGUUAAUGCUGACGAAGAAGAAGAUUCCAAAGACAGCAUGGCAUCAUCUACGAACACAGAUGAUAUAGUAUUGUCUCAAAUAAAAACGGAAAAAUCUAACUUGGAAUCAGAAGAAUUCAUAGCUGUUAACGAAGAAGAAAACAAAGAUGAUGCGUCGGUGAUCAAGCCCAACGAUAAAUCCAAUAACACUGAAGAUGUGAAUAGUAAAUCUAAAGACACUGUUGCUGUGGCCGUUGAUUUGCCUACUCCUCUUACGGUCGAUACCGAAUCUGUACACACUGAAAGCGCGGAGGCACAAACAACUAUAGUACUGACCCCUGUGACAAUAAGUUCUCCACAAUCGGUGGCUUCUGGCUCCGAAAAAGCAGCAUCCUUAAGUCCUGCCGACUUGGUAAGCGAAGGUGUGUCGGAAAUAAGUGUACAGCAGUUUUACAAAAAACCUAAGUUUUUGGAAAACAAUUUGGGCAUUGAAGAAGAUCCUAAGUUGGGUAACAUUGUUCAAAAAGCGGUAAACCAGGAGGCGGGUGCCACAACAUCAGCUACUAGCACUGCCACAACCGCAGCCAACGUAAGUGCCGUUUCAAAGGUUAAUGAUGACCGUGUGCCUGAAGAUUCCUACUCCAAUGAAUCGAUGAAGGAAGGCACGUUACGUUUUGACGAAAGUGUAGAUGAGCGGAAGUCUAUUUGUCAAGAGGAUGGAAAUUGUCAAAGCUCCGAUGAUAAACUUACACCGCUUGUUGUUGAGGAUGAUGAUGAAGAAGAAGCACCCGUGGAGGAGUUGGAAGGAGAUGAAGUUUUGCUGAUUGAUCCAAAGGCAAGAGUAGAAGAUGAAACUGAAGACAUUAAGCUAUCAGAUAGCGGGGAUAACCACACAGACUUGACAAUCGUUGAUAAAACCGAAGUCACAGGUGAUUUAAACAAAUCCAACAGCAACGUUGCUACCUUAGCUGAUGAAGAACAAGAAGAAGAUGAGCUGACGGUGGAGGAAAGUGAAACUAUUUCCAUGGACAAUAAUGCCUCCGUGAAUGAUGAUAUUACCAAUGAAAUUGAAGAAGACGUUGAUAAUGAUGAAGAUAUCCCAGCCGAAAUCGAUGAUAUUGAAAUAGCACCAACCGCGGCAGACACUUUAGACAACAAAGCUGAAUCUGAGUUGAGUGCGCCGCUAGUGCUUACCGAAGAAUCGCAAUCUUCCAGCGAUCAUUUAGUCAUUGAUGACAAAGAAAAUAUUGAAAUUUCAACUGAUGAUGCUGUUGUGGAUGAAAAUAAGGAUGUACUGGCUAAAAUUGAUGCCGAACUUAAGAAAAUUGAUGAACGCCACAAGGAAAAGUUGAAUGCCGCUCAAAUUGCAGACAAAUUAAUUGUGCCAGUUGAAGUUACAGCCGGAUCCGAAGAAACAACGGUGACCAUAAAGGAAAAUACUAUUGAAAAACCAGAGCCAGCAAUUUCACCAUUGGACACAGUGUCCAUGGAUGUUGAUGACGUCAUAAAUGAUAUUAAAAUAACUGCCGAAGAUGGUAAAAUCAAUGCAAAUGAUGCCGAUAUUGCUGAUUUGGAAUUAAAACUUGACGAUGAGAGCACUUCAUUACUAAUCGACCACAUCAAAAUAAAUGAAAAUGCCAAAGUGAUCGAAGAAGCUGUAGAUGCUGUAGAGAUGAAGAAAACCCAUGAGGUCGAGAAGUUUAGCAAGAUCGAGGAAAGCGUGAUUCCCGAAGAAAAGACUGAAAAGAUAGAAAAUGAGGAUGAAAAGACUUCGCUUGAGAAAUUCGAAGAGAAGCCAAAAGUUGAAGUUGAGGUUCCUAUUGAAUCAAUUCUGCCAGACGAUGGCCCCUUCAACGUCAACAAUAUUGAAACAGCAGAUGUUAAAUCUAUCCCCUUAACAAAAGAUGAUGAUGCCACAUCCAUGAAAUCGGGCCAAUCAACCAAUUCUUGGAUGACCCUAGAUUUCGAGAAUGACGAUGAAGAGUCGUUGAGGAAAAAAGAAUUGCAUUUGCAAAAUCUGGGCUUGGUAACUCAUAAAGCUGCCGAAAAACGUCGUCUCGAGGUCAUACAAAGCUCUGCAGCGGCCGUUGAAGCCAACAGAGCUGCCAACCAGCAACACGGCAGUAACAAAAGAAAUGGUAAAAACUCAUCUCAUGCUGCAUCCACCCAUCACGAGUAUACUGGUACAUUGAAAACAAUCAUCAAACUUAAUCGUAAUUCAACAGGUGGUUCUACUAGUGGCAAUAAUGGUCGCAAGUCCAAUGCCGCCGGUGGAACAUCAUCAUCGUCGUCGUCGGCCGCCAACAAAGAACAGCAACAGAGACGUCAAUCACUAAAAAUGACAUUCCAAAAGAGUCGGGGACGUGGCCAUGGCUCGGGCUACAGCGAUCGUACGCCGCACGACCGUGAAGGUCACGGCGAGGAUAACUAUUAUACCAUACAAAAUGAGACUGAAGAUUCUUCCCAUUCAGAAUCACACGAUCACCAGUCCACAACAUCAGGCAUUUCCACCAAGAAGGAUGAUAAGGAAAAAAUACUCAUACCCGAAAAGGCAUCAUCCUUUAAAUUUCAUCCCGGACGAUUGUGCGAAGAUCAAUGUUUUUAUUGUAGUGGUAAAUUUGGGCUUUAUGAUACUCCCUGUCAUGUGGGUCAGAUAAAGUCGAUGGAAAGACAACAGAAAAUAUUGGCAAAUGAAGAAAAACUUACUGUCGAUAAUUGCCUUUGUGAUGCCUGCUUCCGUCAUGUGGAUCGUCGUGCAAACGUACCGUCGUAUAAGAAACGUCUAUCAGCACCCGGUGGCUUGGAAACAACUUCGAAUGGCGUGAAAUCUUCUGAUAACCAACAGGACUAUGACCAAAAUGAAUCUGAAGCUGCUGUUGCCGAACAUUAUGCCUCAGCAUCUUCACACAGCUGUUUGGUAACAGGAUGCUCAAAUCCAGCCGCACACUCCUUGCGCCGUAAAUGCAUACGCAAGAGUGUUAAGAAGUUCUUGUUGAAGUUUGAGGUUCCAACAAACUCACCAUGCAUUUGGUUGUGUCAAACACACUACGAUACUGUGAUCCAAUGUUCGGGUUGUGUCUUGUGUAAGCGUCGUUUGGGUAAAAACCACAUGUAUCACAUCACCUCGGACACGGACCGUCUCGAGAAGGCUUUAACGGAAAUGGGCAUUCCCGUGCAACUGGGCAUCGGCACAGCUGUUUGUAAAUUAUGUCGUUAUUUUGCCAAUCUCCUAAUGAAACCUCCGGAGACAACAAAAUCCCAGAAGGCCGAAUUUAUUAAAAAUUACCGAAAGCGUCUGUUGCAAUUCCAUAACAUACAUGAUGGCAGUAACGAUGCAUCUGAAGCUGAUGAGGACGACAAUAGCAAUGGUCCCACAUCCAACAAUGAGAACACUGAAUCACAUCAACAACAACAAAAGCAACACCAUGAUGAAACAGCCCAAAAAUCUCCGCUGCCUGAAGAUGAUGGUUCUUCGAAUCAAAAGGAUCUCCUGUCGCCGCUAAAUUCUUCACAUUCCGGAGAGGAUGAAUCGGCAAAAGGCAAUGCCAGUGUGCGAGAGAGUACUAGCGAGGCAAUGGAUCGUGAAUUCGAGAAUGCAUUAAUGGAUUCUUCAAACUCAUCGACAUCAAACGCAGCAGACAAUUCGCCAAGCGAAAUGUCUAAAUUGAAAGCCAUCCUGCAGAGUAAUAGUUUACCUGUGGAGAAAGCGGCCAGCACAAACAACAGUUCAUCCUCUUCCUCCUCCGACAUCUCAAAUGUUUUGAGAGCAAAUCCCAACAUUUCAAUGCGAGAAUUAUUCCCUGGUGAGGAAGAUUUGGGUUUACAGUUCAAAGUUCCAUUUGGCAGUAGCGCCAGCCAAAGAACUCCCGAGGGCUGGACAAGAGUACAAACAUUUUUACAAUAUGACGAGCCUACACGACGGCUUUGGGAAGAGUUACAAAAGCCUUAUGGCAAUCAAAGCUCUUUUCUUCGCCAUCUAAUUUUGUUGGAAAAAUACUUCAGGAAUGGUGAUUUGAUUUUAUCCGCUAGUGCAUCAAGCAAUGCUAGCGUUUAUACGCAAACCGUUCGACAAAGGCUGACGUCUUAUGAUAAGGGUCAUUGUGGAGGACUUCACCAAGAGGUUCCAUCAGAUAAUUCAUCCACAAGUACUGCCAAGGAGACCAGCAACAAACCUAAAGAACCGGAACCACAAAUUCCCACCUUCGAAAUCAACGAAGACGAUGAUGACGACGACGACGUUGAAAUCACAGAGGUGUCCAAACUUCCGAAAUCGCUACAGUGCAGCAAUAACAACAGUCCAGAUAAACAACUUUCGCGCUCAAGAAGUCUUUCGGUAGACAAACUCACUAAGCAAUUGAGUACCAAUGCUGUAACAAUUACGGCACGUCCCAAGGAUGGGUCAAGCAAUAAGCGCACUCCCACUCCAUCGCCUCAGAAAUCAUUGCUUAAAGACACUCUAGCAGGAAAUACAAAUAACAACGGCAGUUCGAACGCUGCAAAUCUAGCUGCAGCCAACGCAGCAGCAGCUGUUGCUCUGGCUGCCUCUACGGCAAGCUCUGGUGCCCCAAGCAACAGCCGAAGUAUUUUGAAAUGUAACCUCCUGGGAAUUAAUAAGGCAGUUGAGAUUUUACCCAUCAACAACUCAGCUACAUCGUCUGCUGCUGCAUCCCAGCCAAACAAAACUGGUAGCAAUUCCACAUCACACCCCGCCCCACCACCUCCUCCUCCGCCAAUGGAAUCAAAACAACAGAAGAUAUUAGAUGUGGCUAACAAAUUACUGGGCAAUCAGAUGGAUAAUAACUCCUCUGCUGCAAAUAAAAAUGCUAUUUCUUUGCUCAGUUCUCCACCGGAAUUGGUUAGUCUUCAAAGGAGAUCUGCUGGUCCAAUAAUGACUUCGGCACCGGCUGCUGCGCCUGCGCCUCCUGCCCCUUCGGGUGUGAACCCUAAUGCUAGCUCAAGUAAUAAUAGCAAUACCAACAAACGGCCUCAAUUGAAUAAGCCCGGAACAUCAAGGCCACCUCCGAAUGUAGUUGUUUUGCCAGACACAUUGACACCACAGGAGCGGUUGCAAAGUAAAACGUGGCGCCCAACCUUGAUGCCGGUGGAAGAGAACCUGAGUAUGCUUAAGAAUGGGCCGCUCUAUCAGACGGCAGAUGGCAGGAAAUUGCCAGCCCUGGUUCAAGUGCAGUCGGGUGGUAAACCCUUCCUUAUCUCCAUAUUCGACUAUAAUCGUAUGUGUAUUUUAAGACGAGAAAAGUUGUUACGGGAUCAGAUGCUGAAGGCCACUAAAAAGAGACAAGAAGCCAAACAACAGCAACAGCAGCAGCAUCAACAACAGCAACAUCAGCAGCAGCAACAACAACAGCAGCAGCAGCAGCAGCAACAAAUGCAUCAACAACAGCAACAACAAUUGCAACAACAUUUACAAAAUAAAAAUCUGCAAAACAUGAACAAGAAUUUCAAUUCCACGAAUGCAGCUGCUGCAGCAAUGAAUCAACAAAGGCAACAACAACAACAGCAGCAGCAUCAUCAACAGCAACAACAACAUCAACAACAAGUUACCCAGCAGCAGUUAUUACAACUGCAAAUGCUGCAACAGCAAGCGUUAAUGAAAGCCGCCGCUGCCAACAACAACCAAACAAACAAUUCGCAAGCGGUAGCACGAUUUCAAGCGAUGACUCAGAAACAACCCCCCACAAGCAAUAUCUCCACCAUACCACCACUGCAAGCCUCCAUUAAUAGCAAUGCCAAUUUCUCUGCCCCCAUAAUGCCUCUGUUGGCCAAUGCCAUAACAAAUGCAACCAACAGCGGCAACAUUAAUCCUGCCUCCAAUUCCAUGAACAAUACCUCCUGGCUGUGGAAUAAUUUCCCCGACUCCAAUCAGCUGCUACUUAAUGGAGCUUGUGGUGGAAGCGGUGGUGUUGGAAAUGCGGGCGGCGGUAACGGUGGUCCCUCCAAUAUGAUGCCAAAACUACCGCAACUUCUAGCGAAACCAAAUCAUCCCAGUAAUCCCGCCUCAUUAGCUGCCCCGAAUCACAUCAUGAAACAGCAUCAACAACAGCAACAACAAUUGCUGCUCUCAAAAAUUCCAAAAUCUCUGACAGUUAUACCACAACAUAAGCUAAUGAAUCAGGCAACGGCCACAGCGGGUGCCAAUGUUGCUGGAAACUCAUUAAAGGAGUGAUGAUUAUUGAAUUGUUAUCGGGCGGUAAAGCAUCGUAAAAGGCUUCAGAAGAAACACCUAAAAGGAAACCGAAGGACUUGCACGAAACAUUGUCGUAAAACGAAGUAAAAGGAAAGACUUUUGUUUUUGGAUGAGUUGAAAACUUUGCAAAAGAACAACAACAACUAACAUAAAUGUGAAUGGAAUAAAAUAUGAGAUGCAAGCAAAACAAAUCUAAUUACAUAUUCGUUUAUUUUCAAAUAUACAUACAAACUUAUAUUAUAUAUCAUUUUCAAACAAGAUUAUUUUAUAAGGUUCACAACAUCAAAAUUUACCACUCCACUGGAAGUGAAUUAAUUAUUUAAAAGAGCAAAAUUAAAGAAAAAAUUGUUAAUUACAGAACCUCAUCUUAACAAAACCUGUAGAACAUAAGCAAUACUUAAAUAUUUAGAUUUACAUGCAAAAGCAAAACAACAAGGUUUUAAGAAAACAUAAAUUUAAGGAAUAACAGUGCCUAACAUUACAGCAACAAAAACAAAAAUAAAAAAGUAAUAAGACAUUUUUUCGAAAGUUUUCGAUUUGUUUAAUAAAAAAUACCUACAAAUUACAUACAAAUUAGAUUUGGCUAGAACAAACAUGACUAAGAAGAAGCCUUGUUUGGUGGCAAAAUGUUAUGGAAAACAAAAUAAAAAUUUAUACAAAUACCAAUAUAUAUUUAUAGUUAAACAUAUAUUUUGAAAACAAAUGUUAGCAGGUUACAGAAAAGGCCUCCAUAGUAUAGUCAUUAGUGGUUAAGUAUUAAAAGAUAUAUAACAUAAACUUAUGUAUUUACUUUAUUUAAAAACAAAAUUAAAAAAAGGAAACAUCAACAACAAAUUGAAAAAAAAAAACACUGAACAAAUCAUACAAUGAUUUCAUAUAUUAUAAUUAUUAAAAUAAGAGAUAACUAAUUUCUUUAUCUAUAGAAAACUAUAACAUGUAUACAUGAUAUACUUAUUUAUAGUAUAUCAACUAGAAUUAAACAAUAUUCAUAUAUGUAUAUGUUACACAAGACGUUAUUUGUUUAAUAUUUCUUUAAUUAACUCUCUUUUUCUUGCUUAAGUUUUCAUAUAUUUUAUUUAUAAAAAUAUUACAUAUAUCAAUUAUUAUUUCAAUAUAUUUUAGGAUUUUAUAAACAUAUUACUCUUUUUGUUAAUACACACACAACCACACAUUUACAUAUUUUGAAAAAAAGCAAAAAAAAAAAAAUAAAUUCACCCCACAUAUUAAUAUGUUUA